AUGUGCGUGCAGGCCAACACCGCCCCACCCUCCAACGCAUUCUUGAGUGCAGUGGAGGCCUUUGAGGCAAUGCAGAGGGAGUGCGUGGCGCAGGGAGGCGCAGAGCAGUGGGCGUGGGUGGCCAACAAAGGAAAAUGGAGCAAGCACCUGCCACGUCAUGGGCCUGACAGGGAGCCAUGCCGCUACAUUGUGAUAGAAGACAUGAAACGAGGCGUGGGAAACAAAAUCACAGCAUACGUCACAGCGUUCAUCUUGGGUCUUCUCACCCGCCGGGCUAUCAUCACACCACCGACUGCCUUCCUCACCCGCCGCUUCUGCAACCCCUUCGCCCACGCCAACGCCUCCUGGACCGUUGAUUCACACACCUAUGAGUACGUCCCUCCGUAUCACCCUCACAGAGUGUUUCAGAAGCCACGCCUGCUGCUCACCACCAUGGCUAUGCAGCUGAAGGCGACGCAAGGAGGGGCACGCACGGACCUGCCACGGCAGGUGGUCAACAAAGGCGCCGUGUGGAUGGACCUGUAUCGCAGGACGUGGAACAUGUUCUGCAGCGACCUGUGGAGCACUGCUGCUGUGGCGCCCUUCUGGCUGGCCGGCAUCGAUUCUUACACCAUCCCCAGCCUGCACUACAUUCCAGAGUUCGCGGAUCGUCUACGCGAGGUGUUCCCAGAUGGUCGUGCCUUCACCCACGCAGCACGCCUCUUAAUGCAUCCGGACAACGAGCUGUGGGCGCACAUCACCACCGCCUUCCAUGCCAACCUCGCCCACUUCUCCCACCGCCUCGGCCUGCAGAUCCGCUCACCUGACGGCAUUCAUCUGCCCCUCUCGGCUCGCAUCCUCCAGUGCGGGGCUGCAGUGUCGCGUUACCUGCCUUUCACACAGCCGUACUCACAGGCUCUUCUCGAGUCCAUCAAUACGGAGCCCUCACACGCGCCGCACAUGACCAUGGGGGUAUUCGUGUCGUCCUUAUCGAUGCAACACAUGUUGGAGCUGCAGGAGCACUACACGCAGCAAAUGCCCAUCGGCAACACACUCGUUGCCUUCUGGUCGCUAACAAGCGAGGAGGUGGAGAACAGGAAAGAGCAGCACCUCGUUGCCACUGUCAUCGAAAUCUGGCUCCUCAGCUUCUGUGACCGCCUGCUCGUAACGCACCUGUCCUCAUUCGGCCGUGUGGCAGCGGGGCUGGCGGGCAUGGAAGCAUUCUCCAUGGCCAUCACGGUCGUCAACAUGCGCCACGUGGACUGGCGCUCCUCGCCUGGGCCUGUGUGCGAGCGCGUGCCUUGUGAACCCUGUGACACUGGUGGAGGGAACGUGAAGUGGUCGGGGUGCAGCUGGGACUUCAAUCUCAGCAGGCUGGCACACGGGUGGGAGCGGCCAGCCGGGUUUGGCAUGUGUGCCGGCUUCCAGUUUGGCCUGCAGGACCUCACCCCCUUGGCGUCCCAACCGCCACAAUGA